AUGGAAUUCAAGAGCUGCGCAACCUUCAGCAGUGCCAUUGGUGUUUCCGAGAUUGGCACUAUUGGACCGCAAGAUGGUAUUACUCCUCUUGCCGUUUGUACACACAGAACUACCAGCACUUCUAAUUUUGUGACCGCUAGCUGUCCUUCCGAUACUGUGUUGGUGGUCACUGAGCGAGGAGGCAAAGAGUGGGCGCCAACGGCGCAGGAAGGUCGGCCUUUGACUGGUUUUGGUCUACCGCAGCCAUUGGCAUACUUUGAUGUCACGAGUACAUGGCCCGAUACCAUUGAUGUCCUUCUCCCAAGCGAUGUUGGUUGCGUCUUGGGCGAUGGUAGCGCCUGCUGCUGUUGCAGUGAUGUGCCUGAAGACUGCGUCCGAGAAGAUGGCAGCUGUCGGAAUACCCGGGGAGUGAUUGAGGAGGUUUGCAAUGGUGCUCAAACAGACCGCUGUUUCUUCAACUCGCCUGUGAGGUCUAGCUCUCCACCAGGUAAUAGGGGCUCUAGUCCUGGAUCUGGUGGCGAUCUUGUCUGUGAAGCUAAAACUCCGAAGAGUGCCCCAUGGAGUGCCGACUGGCUUUUGGCGUGGAUUGUGACAUCCGGCAUGAGUCUCAUGGCAUUGGUGGGUGCUUUCAAAAAGACAGCCUUUGAUCGACUCUUGGAAGCCAUUGGAAUCAGAUUGGAUCACAAACUGGAUCAAAUUACAGAUUCCAUGGCGAUUGAUGUUCCAGCAGAAGCAGCAAUGGCACAGGCAACGGCGAUUCCGGAAGCAAGAGCCGAAGUGGAAAUGCAACGGGUUUCAAAGUGA